AUGGAUGAGGGUGUCAUUUACUCCAGAGUAGGAGAGACAGCCACCCUGCCUUGUGACGGUGUGGGGGGUCAAAACUGCUCCUCUGUGGAAUGGCAUGAGGGUUUGAGCUAUAGUAAGCUCUGGCCAGACGCGCCCCCUAAGCGAGCUGAAAGACUCAGUCUGCUCCCUGACUGUUCCCUCCACAUCACCGACAUCACCACUGAGGAGGCUGGAAACUACAGAUGUUACAAUUCCCUGAGUGGUCAGAGGAAAGAAUUUCUGCUCAUUCUUCUCGACGGUGUGAUUUACUCCAGUGUAGGAGGGACAGCCACCCUGCCCGGUGACGGUGUGGGGGGUCCAAACUGCUCCUCUUUGGAAUGGCAUGACUAUCCAGAUGUUUGGGGCUUCAAGUUCACAAUUCAAAGAGAUGAGUGGAGAGUUUCCACCAGGAAGAUCUGGCCAGACACGUCCCCUGAGAGAGCUGAAAGACUCAGUCUUCUCCCUGACUGUUCCCUCCACAUCACCAACAUCACCACUGAGGAGGCUGGAUACUACAGAUGUUACAAUCCCCUGAGUGGUCGGAGUAAAGAGUUUCUCUUUAUUCUUCUUGAUGUUCCAUCUUCCCCCAGUGAGAAUGAGGUGGAGUCUGAAGAUCAUGUGACCCUGCCCUGUGUCCUUCACACUGGCUUUGACUGUGACCUGUUGACUCUGCAUCCGGAUUUUAACCUUAGCUGGGUGGAGGUGGCAGGAACUAACCUGUGGACCUCCACCAAUUACCAGACCAGGAAAACAUCUGCCUGCAGCACCACUCUGACUGUCAACCUCACAAGUCCCGCCCCUUACAGCCAGCGAAGGUGCCAGGUGACUACAGGAGGCCAAGUGCAGGUGUCUUCUGCCCUCCACACCUUUGGAUCCUUUCUAGCAGAUGUCUACAUGGUUGUGAGAGUUGCCAUUGUUCUGUUUCUGACUGUCUGUGCCAUCGCACUUGAAAUAAUCUGGAGGAGACGGAGACAGAAUUCACAGUGAUCCCUCUGCUGAAGCUGACCAGCCUGUAGUGUUGCAGCUCCACCUACUCUUCAUCAUCACACUCUUCAUCAUCAGCUGCACUGCAGACCAAGAUGGCAGAUUGGGACACACUGUGACACACUCAUGCAUGAUUACAA